AUGCCAAGAAAUAACAAAUGUGUAACAGCAGCUCCAUCAGUGAGUUCCUCCUCCUGCCAUUUCGGGCUCUUCCUGGGCAUCUACCUGGCUGCCCUCCUGGGCAACGGCCUCGUCAUCACCGCCAUAGCCUGCGACCACCGCCUCCACACCCCCAUGUCCUUCUUCCUCCUCAACCCCUCCCUCCUCGACCUGGGCUCCAUCUCCACCACUGUCCCCAAAGCCAUGGCCAGUUCCCUCUGGGACACCAGGGACAUCUCCUACUCGGGGUGUGCUGCACAGGUCUUUCUGCUUCUCUUCUUCCUUGGAGCAGAGUGUGCUCUUCUCACCAUCAUGGCCUAUGACCGCUACGUUGCCAUCUGCAAGCCCCUGCACUACGGGACCCUCCUGAGCAGCAGAGCUUGUGCCCACAUGGCAGCAGCUGCCUGGGGCAGUGGGUUUCUAAGUGCUGUGCUGCACACAGCCAACACAUUUUCAAUAUCGCUCUGCCAGGGCAAUGCUGUGGACCAGUUCUUCUGUGAACUUCCCCAGAUUCUCAAACUCUCCUGCUCAGACUCCAACCUCGGGGAAAUUUGGCUUCUUAUAUUAGGUUCCUCUGUAGCUUUUGUGUCUUUUGUUUUCAUUGUGGUGUCCUAUGUGCAGAUCUUCAGGGUUGUGUUGAGGAUCCGCUCUGAGCAGGGACGGCACAAAGCCUUUUCCACGUGUCUCCCUCACCUGGCCGUGGUCUCCCUGUUUGUCAGCACUGGCAUAUUUGCUCACCUGAAGCCCCACUCCAUCUCCUCCCUACCUCUGGAUGUGGUGGUAUCAAUUCUGUACUCAGUGGUGCCUCCAGCAGUGAACCCCCUCAUCUACAGCAUGAAGAACAAGGAAAUCAUAGAUGUCCUGCGGAAACUAUUUCAAUCUGAUCUACUUCCUAUCAAUAAGGUGCCCAUUAUCCCACUAGGGCUCCCACUGUAUUUCAGGAAAAGCCAGCACUAA